AUGUAUUGGAAUAUUAGAGGGCUAGGGCAGGAGAAUAAAAUAACAACAAUCAGGAAUGCCAUAUGGAAGAAUAACAUCACUCUUUUCUCAAUUUUAGAAUCAAAAAAGGAAAAUGUUGAUGGUAAUCUGAUAAGAGAUCUUUGGGGAAAUGUCAGAUGUAACUAUCUAUAUCAACCUUCAUUUGGUGCUUCUGGAGGCAUUAUUAUUAUGUGGAAGGAGGGUGUUCUGCAUAUGGAAGAUCAUCUUAUGGGUGCUUUUUCUCUGUCAAUUAAGUUUAGAAAUUCUUCUGAUAAUUUUUCUUGGUUGUUCACAGCUGUAUAUGCAGCUUCAGAUGCAGCACAAGCUGAAAGAAACCUUCCUGGAGGUAACAUAAGCAAUAGAAGAUUUUUCAAGAAGUUUGUCAAUAAGCAUGAGCUAGUUGAUUUGCCUAUGACAAGAGGUCUAAAACAGCUUAUAAAGAUUUGGAAGAGAUCUUUGGGAAACUUGCACACUCAAUUGGAUCAGCUUGAAGAGAUGAUAGAUUCUUGGGAUAUGCAGGAAGAAGAUAACAAUGUUUUAUCUAUUCCAGAUGUGGUUGCUAGAGAAGAUGCAAAGUCUAAGUAUGAUGCAAUCUCUCUUAAUUUAGCUAGGAAGUGGGAACAGAGGGCUAAAGAAAAUUGGGCUAAGGAAGCUGAGAAGAAUUCAAGAUAUCUUCACCAAAUAGCCUAUUAUAAGUUCAUUUGCAAUAAUAUCAAUUGUUUGGUUAUUGAUGGGGAUAUUUCCUAUGAUAAAUCAAAAUUUGCUGAGGAAGCUGUGAGUUUUUAUACUUCUAUUUUUUCUGAAGAGCAUGUGACAAGACCAGGUUUUGAUGAUUUGGAAUUGCCAACAAUCUCUGUUUCUGACAGUAUUUCUCUGGAGAAACCCUUUACAUCAGAUGAAGUUAAAAAUGUUAUUUGGCACUUUGGUUCAAACAAAGCACCAGGGCCAGACGGAUUCACAAUGGAAUUCUUCAAAGCAGCUUGGGAAACUAUCAAAGAUGACUUGAUGAAUGCGAUUAAAGAAUUUGAAAACAAUAUUUUUUUAGACUGGGGAUUAAAUUGCACUUCUUUGAAGUUGAUCCAUAAGGUCAAUGGUGUUGUGAGCCUUCAUAAUUUCAGGCCAAUAAGCCUAAUCAGUGGUAUGUACAAGAUAUUAUCAAAGCUUGCAGCAGAUAGGUUGAAGACUGUCCUUCCCUCUAUCAUUGUUAAUUAUCAAGGGUUGAAGGUUAACUAUAGAAAAAGUGCAGUGGUGGGAGUGGGAGAUGAACAUAAUGGUGCAGAAUGUGCUAUAGCUUUUGGCUGUCAAUUAGAUACAUUUCCACUGAUAUAUCUAGGCAUUCCGUUAGGCAGUAAGUUCAAGAAUAAGGUAAUUUUGGGAGAUCAUUAUUCAGAUAUGUCAACAAAAGCUGAGCACUUGGAGAAGGAGUUAUUUGACAAAAGGGAAGAGAUUGAUACUCAUAAACAGUGUAAUAGCUAG